UUGAAGUCGAUCUCGUCUCGACGUCGGCCGACCUGACUGCGAGCGACAGACGACAGACGACAGGGCAGACAUGAAGCGAGUCACGAGGAUAGCUCAGCUCGCAGCAAGGAGCACACAGCGACCUCUGAUCAGGCCAAGUCUAGCGUACCAGCAACACGCUCAGACCAGACCGACAUGGCAGCAAGAUCUCCUGACGUCAAGACGAUGUCAAUCGACUUCGACCGCUUCGGAACAGCAGGAUCCUUCCGUCAGCGCCAAGCCAGACGAUGCAAAGGCUCAGCGAGCGAGCGACGCUGCACAAGCUUCACCUGAGGCGUUGGCGUCUGUAGAAAAGGACAAAGAGAUCGCACGACUCAAGGACUCCCUCUUGCGCUCACUGGCAGACUAUGAGAACUUGCAAAAGAUCACGACACGAGAAAAGGCAGCGGCGAGAGACUUUGCCGUCCAGAAGCUCGCCACCGAUCUCGUCGCCAAUACUUACGACAUCCUCUCCCUCGCUCUCAAGUCUGUGCCCGAAGCCAAGCGGACAGACAAGGCCAACUCGGCAGAGCUCGUGGAUCUCUACACGGGCGUCUCGCUCACCCAGACAGAACUCGAAAAGGCACUCAGGAGGGUCGGCGUCGAGCAAUUUGAUCCGACAGGCGAGAAAUUCGACCCCAACUUUCACGAGGCGAUGUAUCAGGCUCCCGUGCCUGGCAAGCAGCCGGGCACAGUACUAGAGUGUCAGAGAAAGGGCUGGACCAUCAAAGGUCGUCUGCUGAGACCCGCUCAAGUCGGCGUUGUGCUCGAUAGCGAACAAUAG